UCAAGACGGCGCGGUUGACACGCGCGCAGCACCGUGGACUGAUAAGCCUCCAUGGAAUAAGAAAAAACGUUUAUUUAUGCUCCAAUCGAGACCGAUACUAAGAAAAGGAGUACAAGGUGAUUCUGAUACCUUAUAAAGCAUACAGAAUGAGUGACUGCUACUGAGAAGUGUUUAUAAAAGCAUAAGGAUCAGCGGAGUGCACAUUAAAUACGAGAAUCCACAGAUCGGAAAACUUUUCAAGACCGGGUCACUUUGCUUUUGGAUAACGUCUAGAAUUGGCAGGCAGUUGGGUUUACAUUAGGCGCAUGCGUUUUUCAACAUUUGAAUGUGCUUAAUAUUGUGUUUUGGAGAAUAUUGAUAUCUCUGGAUUUUUGCAUUUAGUCGUCGGGUUUAACAGCUACUCGAUUGAACAUUUAAGCACAAAGACUUUACGCAGGACUUCAGGGAGCCGGCUGCAGAUUUCAACCCUUGUGGAGAAUAUUCUAGGUAGAGUUUGGAGUGCGCGCUCUGAUUUCCUCGGGCGCGCGUGUCUCAGGAGCGUCUGUGUGCUCGCGCGCCGCUGUCCCGCGCUUGGAGUGCUGAGAGAAGCAGAGAAGAGCGGAACAGAGCGAGCGGGCCGCGCGCGCCUCUCAAUGCGGCGGAGCGAUGAGCACUGGGCUCUGCUGGCUGCGCGCGCUGCUGCUCGCGGCGUGUCUGUGCUUCGGCGGCGCAGAGAGGGAUCCUCUCCCCGUAGCUCUGGCUGAGUUAGUGAAGAGCGGCUCUGUCUCCUCCACAGAAGAUCUGCAGCUGCUGCUGCUCUCUGAAUCCGUAGCAGAUGACGAUCCAGAGAGUGACCAUGCCAACAAUACCAACAAUCGACUGCCAAGGAGCCUUCUGGAUGCUCAGCCAGCUCAGCAAGCACAAUGCAAAGUGAGGACAGAGGUCAUGGAAGUCACACGCUCUAUGCUGGACCGUAGCAAUGCUAACUUUCUGCUAUGGCCUCCGUGUGUGGAGGUGCAAAGAUGCUCUGGAUGCUGCAACACAAAAAACCUUAAAUGUGUUGCUGUACUCACUCACACGCGCUACCUACAGGUGAUGAAGAUCCAGUAUGUGAACAUGCGCCCAGUAUAUAAUAAAGCCAUAGUGUCAGUUAAUGAUCAUGUGGAGUGCCGCUGUCAGCCUGCUCCUCGUCCAGCCUCCCGCAGAAAGUCUUCUGCCCACAAACAAGAAGGAAGAGAUCGUUCAGGUAAACCUCGUUACAAAGACGAGCUUCACCGGGGCGAUGAAUUUAAACCCAACCAGAGGCUUAAACUAGAGGAUUUGCUAAGCCACAGUUGGCUGCCCCUAGAAAAGGGACUGGAUGCCUGGAGACACAAUAGGACACACCAAGGAAGGACCAGAGAUUAUUCUCUUGAAGAUUGGAAAAGGUAUAACAGCAGCUCCAAUGGCACAAAUGGCUGGUCAUCUGAGAGACUGACUUAUCCUCUGGCCGAUCACUUUAAGGGAGAAGAUACAGGUGUACUACUCCAUAAUGUGACAAGGCAGAAAGGGAGAGGGAGGGAGAAAGAGGCAAAAGAUUUAGAAAUACAGAAAAACUGUACAAUAAAUGAUGAUAGGUUGACUAAUCAGUCAUUAGUGAAUAGGGUCAGCCGCACUGAGAUAACCAAUCAGAUUCCACAGCAUGAGUCAGAGCCACUACAUGCAGGCCACAGCAAGCAUGCAAAGAGUAGUAAAGUGCACGGAAAUGAGACUAUCCAAAAUCAGAUGCGUAGUGAAGCACAUGUUGGGCAGACCAAUCAAACUAUCAUUCCUAAACCUACAGAGGAAGCCAAUCAAAAGCAAGACCAUCUCUCUAAUGCAGAUAAAGAAUCUAAUAAAAAUAAUCAAGGAAAUGAGACUCCAGAGAUGGCGAGACCUCAAGAAGAGACUAGAACCAGGUCCACUUUACUAAAGGAAAGGAAGGCAUUAGAGGAGGAGAAAGAGGAGCUGCUGUUACUUCACAAGCUUCUUGAUGAAGAAAAGCACAAACAUAUCCUGAAAGCACAACACAACAGUCAGCAUGAGGACCAAAAACAGCACCAGCUGCACCACAAACACCAGCAAACCCAAACAACUACACAACCAACAGAAAGAAAAACAACUACCCCAGUCAGAAUGUCCACUCCACACACACCUCCUCGACAGCCUCCUCGUCCACCAAAGAGAUUAAGGAAACACCGCAACCGUAUAAGCAAGGCCGUCAUGAGGGCCAUGCUCAUGUAGCAUGCAUAGACAGAUGUAAAGCACAGUACCUGUUCAGAUCAUUGCACUAUCCUGAAUAAGAUUAUUUAUUCAUGUCACCCUGUCCAUGGAGAUCCCCAGCCUCUUGUACUAAUCCUCGCGCAGUAACCCUGGGAGAGUCUUGAUGUAGGGGCAAGAGCUACAUUCCUACCAUAUUCCCCGAUAUAAAUAACAGUGGUGUUAUUAAAGGGGACAGGAGUCAUUAAAAGAGACUAAGGAUUUGGCCUGGAUAUCCAGUAGUUGCUACAAAUGACUCUGUGGAACAAUGGAACUGAGGAACUUUUGGGGUAGGAAAAGACUUGCCUAGAAGACUAGAAUGAAUAAAGGACAUUCUAGAACUAAAAAGAAAACAAACAACCAAAAAAAGAUAAAAAUAAAACACUGGACUUCAGAAGAUUUUAGAAUGAAUGGAACUGAUCUGUGGAAACACUCAGAAACAACAGAGACUGUUCUGGAACACUCCGGAAAUUCUACUAUAGAGUUUUUUUCAAAUAAGGGAAAAAACUAUUUAGGAGUUAAGUGGUGUGGAGAUUUUAAGCUUAAAUGCUCUCUGGGAUUAAAACUUGGUUCUGGAAAAGAUCUCUAAAAAAAAUAAUUACUUAUCUAAAACUCCUUCAAUUGAAAACAUCAGUCUGUAGAAACAACAGUCUAUAGAAACUUAAACAGGACAUAUAAUGUGGAGAUGUGAUACAGAUGGGCGAAGAGUGGAUUAAGUCAUCUGUAGUCUGUAAGGUCUAGAAUUAAAGAGGAUGUCUGGAAAUCAGUAAUCUUUUUUUUUUGAUAGACUAUUUUAGAAACCUGAUUCAAAACUGGUUCAGAGAUGAUGAAAUUUAUUUCUAUCCAGCUUCUCUUCUAACCAUAAUCACCAGAUCGGCCAUUUUUAGUAAAUACUAGUUUUAUUUUGCACCCUAUAGCUCCUCCUGUCCCUCCCGAUGAACUGUUUGUUUCUCCAUCAAGCAGAAUCCCAAGUAGACUGCAUUUAGGAAGCCGAAAACCCUUUACCAUGUAAACAAGCAUUAAGGAAAUUCUCUUAUUGGUAGUGUGUACUCAUAUCUGUGGAACAUUGUACAGGUCUGUCAGUGUCUGAGACAUUGCAAACAGCUUCACCUCAUCUUGUUGUGAGAUAGACAUAGAUUAACAUAGGUGUUUUCAUUUAUUCAUCCAUUUAUCCAGAAAGUGAGAAGGGAAUACUGUAUGGAUAUAAUUCAAAGUUUUCAGUGUUAAACAAUGUUUCAGGUAUUUCAGGAUUAUUACAUAAAAAGCACUAUUAAAAUCACAACCACUUAACACAACAUAUACAGUACAAUAAAUAAAACAGUAAAAAUACUGAUUUACUUUUCUUAUUUAAUUUUCAUAUUAUUUAAUUUGACUGCUAACACUGGAAAAUCUCAGAUGGCAAAUAAAGGCUUGCAGUUCUAUUGUAUUAAUAUGGACCUCCUGAAAUAUGACGGUGCUAUGUUAUGAUAAGAAACAACUUUACCAUUAAUGUUAUUUAUUCUUUUACAAUUGCUUUGUGAUUAGUUUCUCUUUAUUAAUUUUACUUAUUUUCUUCUCUGCGGUCUGUUGAAUAUGUAUUUGCAUUUUGUUUUUUGUUUUGUUUUUUAUCUCCUGAUGUAUGCAAGGCACCGCAACAGAUGAAUAAAGAACUAAACUAACCUGAGCUAAAG